GUCACACAACAAGCAUCCUUCUCCGGUUUGCUGUGUUGACCAGCAAAUUCCAUCAAAGUAUCAGCAAACUCUGUCCUGUAGAUUAGCCAAACGAUAUCAUUAUGACUAAAAAGUGUAUUUGUGAAAUCUGCAGUUGUGGACGUCACCGGUGUCCCCACAGCUCGUCAAACCCCAACAGAGUCAUCAACAAGAGACACGAGGAUAACUGUACCGUGACUGAGUAUCGUGGCAACUAUCUGACGACGAGCCCACGACGGGGACCAUUUAACAAACCUAGGGACCUUAUUCAUUACGACGGCCCUCUUGCWCAGAACACCUCUCAUAAAGCGGACUUCAAGACCUAUGAAGUGAUACCCCCUGUUAAAAAGCAGCCUGAAAGAUAUGUYCCUAAUCCGAAUAAAUUUGAAACUGUAUCCGAACACCAUGAACACUACAAAGGCACCAGGGCUGUUCCCGCCAAAAUGGAACCUUAUCUUAAAGGGGUUACAAUGAGAAUGCCCUCUGCAAGGGUGGAGUACAAGUCGACCUCACAUGGGGACUAUAAAACCUACAGACCUGAGCCUGUCAUGAGAAUGGGCCGCAGUAAUACAUAUCUUCCACCAGAAGAGCCAUUUAAAGAAACUUCAAUCCAUAGACAAGAUUACAUGCGGUUUAACCAACCACCUCGCCCCACGGGAAGACAGCCUGAUAAAAUACAGAUCGAGGGCUCACAAGAGAGAGAGACAACCCAUUUAAGCCACUAUCAGCCCAAAGCCAUUCCACCAAAGUUAGAAACUAAAAAGGAGGAGUAUAACCCACCAGAGAAACCAUUUAACUCUACGUCAGUAUUCAAAGAAGAUUUCCAAGACUUUAGAGGCGCCCCUAAAGCGCAAAAAUUCCGCCCAAUCAGCGAUUUGUUUGCGACGGACAAAAGGAUGGAUAGUUCUACGACUAAAGAUUCCGAUUACAAAGCUUGGGAAGUAAAGAUUCCAAAACAGAAAACGCCCGAGAUGUACAAACGACCCGAGGGAGAUGUCGAUUGUCGAACAACACACAUGGACUACGGCAACUUUGGUCGUAAGGCACUUCCAGCCAAGAACGCAAGACCAAAAACCAAGCUAAGGUUUGGACGCGAAGAUGCACUAGACGACACCACAAAUUAUGGUCUUAGCUUUCGCUGGACUGCGCAGCCGCAAGUGUUCUCCAAAGGACCCUUGGUAAAGAAUGAGGUAUUUCCAAGAGAAAAAGGUUUCCAGGAAACAUCAGAGUUCCUGGACAAGUACAAAAGAUUCAACGUCGUUCCUUCCAAGAUGUUUCGCGACAACAGUCAGCUGUUUAAGACCAGUGAUCGUCUGUCUGAUCAUACAGUCUACAAAGGUGAUUUCGAUUGGCCAAGUAUCGAUUGUCCUUCGAAUAAAUUACUCGCCGGAUCAGGGAACUUUAAAUUUGAUCACGAGAAUGAGGCCGGACACCGAGUGUUUGAAAUUCCAGCUAUCGAUACGAACGGAUCAACGAAUAUGAUAGCAAGCAAGGACACUUCUUUACUUGUAGGAUAACAUGUUUGUUUUAUGAUAUAAUCUAAUGAAAAGCAAGUGUACAGUUCUAGAUUUGAGUUGAAAUCACUACGUUGAAAGUAAAUAUAUAUAGGAAUUAUUUUAUAAUUACAUUUCAUUAUUUGAACUUGUAAGAUUUCUUUCUGAUUUUAGAAUAUUCAUAAAGCAUUGUAAAUAAAAAUACAAAUCAAUGAAUUACGCAGCUUCGACUCGAUACAGCCGACUCGAUCGUGACAUACAGAUGUAAAGACUCUUGUAGUCAAUGUUCUGCGUUCAAAGAAAGAGAAACCAACAGAAGAUUAGCGAAUUAGUCAUCUAACUUUACUUCAGUCGAAUACAUUUUGUAAUAUAUAAGAAUUCUUUAAAAAAUGCAUAAAUAAAGCCAACAAAUGUGCAUA